CCGCCGCCGCCGCCGCCCCCCACCGUCGCCACCUUCGUCCACCACCGCGCGAGCAGCACUAUCAGCAGCAACAGCAGGAACCAGGAGCAGUACCAGCGGCAGCAGCGGUUGUCACCUUGCGAUCGCCGCCACGCGCGUCUACAGUCGACCGAUAACAUCCGUGCGAAUCAUGAAAAUAUAACUGAGUGAUUCGCUACAGCCUGGUACAUCAGGAACGAAAGGACGGUCUGACACGGGGUGGCGAAUCUACGAAUCAUCACGAAUUUCUGUCUUUUGACAGCUCGUGCGUUUCUGCGUCGACAGACGAGACGUUUCCCAACGUGGCUCUCUCUCUCUCUCUCUCUCUCUCUCUUUCUCGGGCAGUCUCUCGCGAGAGGAUCGCGCGGUACGUCGCUAAAGUGAUGAGGAAUGUAAUACGCGAAUUCCGUCCUCGAGAGCGAACCUUCUCUAUUCGUGCUCCGGUCUUCGCGUUCUAUUCGAGUCAUCGUUAACAGGUUGUCGUCGCAAGCUUCGUUUGUCGUCUGCUGCAUUUUGGUGCGACGAUUCAAUCUUCACUUGAGUGAAAUCUGAAUCGCUGAGAAAAUAAGAUUCGUCCCGCUACAAAAAUAUUGUCUCUCUUAAUUCGCGAAUUUACUCUUCGCUUAGUAGUACGCCGAGCUGAAAUUUAACAAACAGUGAACAAGAGUAAACAGUUUGUGCAAUUGCUCGUGAGCGUCAGUGUUACGACAAAAUUAAGCGAAGAUGGACCCAUUUCGCGAGUGAGAUGCUUCAUUCGCGGCGAUUAUUAGCGAUCGUUGCACGGUGCUUAGCCAGGUGAUUGUGGCAUUGAGGUGUAAGCGUGAUGAGAACCCAUCAUAAACGAUCGGUGAGUUACUGCCGGAGUUGAAUAUCGUUUCCGAUUUCCGUCUCGAAGCGAGCCAAAGUUGAUUGAAUUGUGCGGUCGGAAGGAGGAUUCGGAAGAUGCUUUUCACCGAGUUAGCUUCUCAAGAUUCGACACUCUCCCGGCCAGGCAAGCCGCUGUGUUCCACCACUGCGCGAUUCGCCAGUUUGUGAUUAAGAUCCCGGAUAAGAUGCGGUCGACGGUUUUUUUUGGCGAAGAGCUCAAGUGAUUUCGGCGGAAUGAUCGGCCAGCGCGUGCGAACCGCUCGAGCUGGAUAGUCGGAUUGGUCGGAGUGCUUCGUGAAUGCGAAUUCCGGCUCGAAGCGGCGCGGUGGCGUUUGCCGUUGGUAUGCGGAACACUCGGCGGUUCGUGCGAGAAAAAGCAUCGGUUUCCACUCGAUUCGCGCGGCUUCGGACGUCGCCGUCGUGUCGCGAGUGCGUCGUCAGUUAAGUGUCGCCAGUCGGCUGAAGCGAUUCGCCUGAAAUGCGACAAACUCCGCGAUCGACCGGAUAUUUUGACGACCUCGGGUCCAAGUACAAAGCGGAAGUUUGCGGUACUUCGCAAUCGCUCGAAGGUGACGUGACGUUGUCGCGAGGUUCGCCUUUCGCUUCUCCACACGCGGAUGAAUGAAUUUAUCGUUCAUCAGAGUGAAUCACGACUUGGUGAAUUUAUACGCGUAUUCUACUGACGAGCCAUUGGAUAUUCGUUUUGAAUACGUAUUUUUCUUUCUGGACCGUCAGAGAGUCUCGAGAGCUUUUCGUUUCGAGGCAUCACGUUUUUCCGUUAAAUUCCCAGUUUUGCAAUCAGUGUAUGUCAGUGUCGUGCGUUAUCUCGACGUCGAAACAUUCUAGUCCAGUCCGAUGCGAAAAAUGAGCGUUCCGCUUGCGAUCGUAAAGUAGAUCGAAUACGGAAAUCGACGAUCUUCGGAAGAGAAGAUUUACGCGUUCUCGUGUUCGUUAUCGAAUGACGAUCGUGCGUGGUGGUGGUGCUUUCGUUGGCGACAACGAGAAUCGUCCGCGCGUACGGUGAUCGUGUGUCGUUUGUGACGUAUUGAAUUACCAAGGUACGAAACAUUAGUGCCUCACGGGAAAAUGAAGAGAUCCUCUUCGUUCUUCACCUCAAGAGUGACAGCGGGCUAGUGGACACAGAUCCAGGUCGAGUUAGCAGCAUGACAGCCAUUAACUCGGGUCCGGUCGGAGAGGUGGGCGGCGUAAGGCUGCCACUGCAGUCAUUACAUGGAUACGGUUCUGUGUUCAUGUACUCGGCGUCGACGAGUCCCGGGGGUGGAGGUGGCCAGGGUAGCGGAGGCGGAGGUGAGGUCACCCUCCGCCUCCGCGAACCUGAGGACAUUCCUGAAGAAGUCCUCGCCCGCCUCGAGGACACCGCCACCCUCUCCAUCUCUCUUCAAAGCGAUGCAGUCCUGAGGCUAGGGGCGGCUGGCGCAGGAAAUGGGAACUUAGAGCUAUUCGAUAGUGAGAGCGGGCCGGACCUCACGCUAUCACCUCAAACCUUCACGUCAACGGCGGAGGCCUUUAUCAAUGACAAUAGCGACAGUCUCGGGGUUCCAGGAGACAACGAUACUGGUAGCAGCGAGGAAUCGAGAGCCGGUGGCGGUGAUCCUGGGAAGCUGGGAGUGAAGAAAUCGAGACCGAAGGCCUCUUCGCCGAACAGGCAGGGACCACAGCAGUGUCAGGUCUGCGGGAAGGUGUUCAACAACGCAUCGGCGCUCACGAAGCACAAACUGACGCACAGCGACGAGAGGAAAUACGUGUGCACGAUGUGCGGCAAGGCGUUCAAACGGCAGGACCAUCUGAAUGGACACAUGUUGACACAUCGAAAUAAGAAGCCGUACGAGUGCAAGGCCGAAGGAUGUGGCAAGUCUUACUGUGACGCGAGGAGCCUGAGGAGGCACACGGAGAAUCAUCAUGCAGGCAGCAAAAUCAACGAAAGCAUUAGCCCUAGCAGUCCAACGACUGGGCCUCACACGCCUAACACCCCCGGAAGCAAUCCCAGCACACCAAGCACACCUGGUGCAACCUCCACGACGAAUGGUCACGGGCAUGCGGCCUUGAAGCAGCUUCUCGCCACCGAACCCGCGCAAACGCAACAGCAAAAGAGCGCCACGUCUCCCGGCGCGAGUAACGAUGGCCUCACGAAACAACAGCUGGAGCUCAUCCAGCAAAUCAUGCAGCAAACGCAACAACAGCAACAGCAGCAGACAACCACGCAACAGCAGCAGCAGCAGCAACGGACUGCGACUCCCUCGACAGCGGUAGCCGCACAAAUACAAAAGACACAAAAACCGUCCAUCAAAUCCACUGCGUCGCCCGGCAAUAUUUCCAACAAUUCCGCAAGCGGAAACGCGACCAGCAAUGCGAGAUCGAGUCCUAAACCGAAGAUAUGGAAUCACUCGCAGCAACAACAGCAGCAGGCGCAGCAGCAAGCGCAGCAGCAACAACAGCAGCAGCAACAGCAACAGCAGCAACAGCAACAACAGGUCGGCUCACCGGGAAACGGAAAUGUAGGGAAGGGCAGUCCGUCUCCCGGAAAUUCCUCUUCUCCUGGUACGGUCGCCACUUCCAACAAGUCUCAAACGGAACCAAAACCGGUGGAGUGCAAUUUGUGUCAUCGAAAAUUUAAAAACAUACCGGCUCUUAAUGGACAUAUGAGACUCCACGGUGGUUACUUCAAAAAGGACGCGGAGAACAAGAAGAGCGAGAAGAAAGAAGUUGCCGGACCACCUUUGCAAACGGCGUCCGUCAGCGUGAGAGCGCUCAUUGAGGAGAAGAUCAUACAGAAGAGAACGACAGCAGUGGACGCGAACGGCAAUCAACAGCCACGUGCGAAUGCUACUGUCUUCACUACGCAAGCGGACGCCGUUUCGCAAAUCGCCGUCAAGACGAACUUUGCGGUGCCAGCUCCGCCGCCUUUGGCAGCGGGGGAAAAGGUGCGUCGGUUUUCCGAUGGUGAACACUUUCGGCAGCCUAACAUCACCGUGGGCGGUCACGCGACCGUCCAGAAGCAAUUACAAGAAGCAAAAACUCAGGCUCAAGCGCAAGCACUUGCCGACAUGAUCCUGAAGGGUGCGAAAGUGGCUGUGAAGAGAACCACCUCCGAUCCGGGACAAAGAUUACAUUUGACUUAUCAACAGCCUGUGCAAUCAGCGCCGACCAACCAGCAACCGAAUAAUCAGCAACCGCAGGCACAACCUGCAGUAACGGAAAGCUUUACGAUGACAGGAUAUGCCGAAGAUGGCGGUUACUUCAGCCCAAGCCUACAGGACGAAGUGUUUCAGCAAGUUACAACAGUUCCUGAUAGCGUACUUCUGCACGCUACCCAUUUGGAUUCGAUUGAGUUUCAGACCACGGCCAGUCUACUGCAAGAACAAUCUAGCGAACAGCUGCAGAAUAUCACGCUGGGAGAUACGAGAUACGGAGUACCGAGCUCGCAACACACAGUCAAUCCGGAUCUUCAAGCGCUAGUGAACUCGCCGUUGCCCGACUCCCUAGCCGAAUUCAGUACUUACGCCGCGCAAUACACGGAAAGUCCUCAUACGUUGUCAACCCAGUCACCCUUACCGUCGCCUUUAACGCGACACGACAGCCCGAGCUUCACGUAUCCGACGCCACCGGCCAGCCAAGAGGGCCUGCUCACCGGAAGCCUACCGUUGCUGAGUCCCCAGGAGGAUCCGGAGAACGUACGACACGUGUCGUCGCCGCUCUCGGCGGCGUUCUACACCAGUACGAUGUCAUCCGCUGCGGCCGUGGAGGAGGCGCUGAACGAGGUGCUGCCGGGUGAAUCCGAGGCAGAUGCGGAUCUCUACGGGUCCGGUUCGCCAAAUCCGCACUCGCCACUGCCAAGUCCGUUGUCGGCGACGUCGGCGCCGUCGCCGCUGCCGCCGUCCUCCGUCUCGUCGCCGGGACCGGUCACCUUUACAGGCACGAGCUUUCCCGUGUCGCCGCAUCACGCGCUUCAAAAUCAGAUGAUGCCGAACUCGGAGGAUCCUCUGCUCUCCUCGACCUCGAAGGACUUUGCCUCCGGUCGUAGACGAUUUGAGUUUCAAUCGUACAAAUUGAUCACGAGCCAGAAUCUGAUGGAUUUCGGUCUUGGAAAUGGCAGUCUGGCUGGCAUCGUUGUCGACAACAACGGCGAGUUCAAGCUUAUACAAACGGCGGGUUUGCAGAAGGCGAACGUGUUCGUGCAAGCGGGUUCUCUCAGUCCCGCGCUGACAUUCAAGAAAGAAAUUCGACUGGCGACACCAAAAAUCGAGCCCGUGACCGUGAAUCUCGGCCUAAACGUUCAAACGACGAAUCAGCAGCAGUGCAACACGGGACAGUUCAAUCAACAACAAAUCGUCAACCCGACUAAAUUUUUCGUUCAAACUAACCACACGACGAAGAACAACAUCUUAAGACACAAAACAGCCGGAAAUUUACCGAUACCUAUCGAACAGAUCAAACAGGAGCUAAUGGACGAAGACGUGUUUCUCAGUCCUGGCAGUUUACCCGCCAGCAGUCCUGUGCGACAUUGUCGGAAAAGGCCACGCAUGGAUGGCGGCCAGUAUGCCAGUAGUUCGCAUUUUUAUCCGUCGCGACUGCGGAAGGCUUGCGAUCGUCAUUGGGACAGUAGCUAUACACCGCCACCGAUUCUAGACCCAUCUCGUCCCGGUCCGGGACUGUACGCGAGAUUACAUCAGCACGAAAGAGACUCGGACUUCAGCUCGGACGAUUCUCAAGGAAAUGACGGUCCACCGCCGAGGAUCAACAUCGGCACGAGAUAUCAAGCUACGAUACCUCCGGUGGAGUAUGAUGGAGAUAGGGGAAAAGACGGGCCCGAAGCCGACCAUCUUUUGUGGGAUCCCGGCAUAAACAACGUGCUCACGAAUACCGAGCUGGAGAUGUACCUGCAGUUCGCGUGUUGCGCCGCAGUGCCGGGCGGUGGUAGAAACAAAGAGUAUGCGCUUCAUUUGUUGCACAUGUGCAAAGGGAAUAUUCAUGAAGCGAUGGUGAAAUUGAUGAGACCAACGCCUACGCUACCAACGGAGCAUCCUCUGCUCAGCUACGAGUGCCACGAGUCCGAUAGAUGGACGUCACACGAAAUGGACGCGUUCUAUCAAGGACUGCUCAAGUACAACAAAGACUUCUCCGCAAUUUCGCGGGACGUCGGUGCCAAAACAGCAAAACAGUGUGUGCAGUUCUAUUAUCUUUGGAAGAGGCUUUGUCCUGACGAGUACAAGAGGUUGCGUAUUUGUCAUGGAAAAGGGAAGAUCAAGAACGAGAUUAAAGAUAGCAAAGAUACCAAAGAGCUACGCGACGCCAUCGCGUCCGUGACGGAAAUGGACUUUAGUGAAGAAAAAUCGAUUCUUCAUCGUACAUUGCUACAAUCACACGAAAGAGAAAAUUCGGCGACUCUAACCACCAGCGAAGGAGAGCUGAGGUUAUUCGCAUACGACUGCACAGAUAGCUUUAGCGGAAGUGUAACAGUAACGAUGGCCGGAAGCACCCAAACCGCCCAAAUCGGCAAUACCGGCCACGCCACAGUCAACACCAACUCACAAACUCACACUAGUUCUGAGCAACAACUACCCGCGCCCACCCCACUUCACUACCCCUGCAAGAUUUGCGGGAAAGUUUUCAACAAAGUGAAAAGCAGAAGUGCGCACAUGAAAUCCCACAGGCCAAUCCCCUUGCCCGAUUCAACGGGUCAGGAAUCUAAGCGAUCCUCUCAACAAGGGUCGAAAACGCAACAGCUGCAGCAACCAAUGCCGUCGCAACAAAGUCAACAGCAACAGCAGCAACAACAGCCGGACAAUACCACGCCGCAAGCUCAAGACCAUCAACAACAACUGCCCGCGAGUAUAAGUGACAACAGCGCCAAAAACACAGCACAUUUAUGCCAUAAUCCGACGAGGCCCCCAUAGGACAGGAUUCAAGUAAUUAAACUUAAGCUACCUUAACGAAGGCUGUAAUGGUACUGUAGGAAAGUAUGGUCGCGCGUGUGGUACAGACCAGGCUCUAAACACGAUCGCGAUCGUCGCACAAUCGAAUAAUAAUGUUGCGGGAAUAUCUUUUUACGAUACCUUUGCUCACAAUGAGGCAGGUUGUGUGAGUAAACUUCCAAGAUAGAUAGUUUCGAAAAUGCGAAUAUCUCCCCUAUACAUGCGAAACGAAAAGAGCGUGACUGGUAGGUUUAUCCAGUCGAAUGAGCUAAUUAAAUUUAUGAGACUCAUACGGAAUAUGUAUCGUAAUCGGUUGUUCAGGAAAAAAGAAAAAGACAACAUUUAUCGUUAAUGGAAACUAAGCACGAAGAGUUGUAGAACUCGUAGGAUUUAAUGGCGCAGCGGUAGAAGGUAUUCAACUAUGCAAUCAUAAUUCGAGCUCUGUUCAACAUGGAGACAGGGUACCGAGCGUAUAAAUCUUCCUCAGCGUGGAAGAUGAGAUGCCGGCAUCACAGUGUAAGAAAAAAAAUGGUUAAUAUCAUUGAAAGAUGAAGCGAGGGUACAAGACUUUGCGUUUAGUUGAAGACAAAGGGUAAACGCGAUCGUUUAACAUGGCCUAGAAAAAAUCAAAUACAACUCGAUAAGUAAACAUGCGAAAACGUACUUUCGCCAUAAUGAGUGCUGAAUCAACAAAAAUGAAAGAAAUUGACGUGCACCUACAAUAAGCGCUCUAACGAUUAAACGCGAUUUCAGUGUACCUAUUUAUUACGCACGUGAAAUGUUCCCAGAUUGUGCCACAAGACAUUACUGUUACCUGUUACCCUUCCGCAAUUUUCUAAAAAAAUGUUUUUAAGUUGUUUUCUCUUCCAAUUAUAACCGGGAUCAGUUUGCGUGGAGCCUUAUUCAGGAUUUCGAAAAAAAAUUUUAACUUGUUCUAAUUUUAUAAUCGCUUGAACAAUCAUGGGAUAUUAUUAUUAUUUUAUUUCGAUAAAAAUUAUGCAAUUAUGCAAAAAUGAUUCAACAUUAAUAACAUUUAACUUUAAUAAACAGCGAUAAAAUAAUGAGAUAAACCACAAUUCGUAAACGGAUCCCGGAUUGUAAUGUACAACUUGUUGCACGUUCGCUCUAGUUACAUUUAGUUUAAAUAUCAUUAGCAUAUCUAAAAAUUUGAUGAAAAUAAGUGGGUCUUAUAUCAAGCGUAUGUAGAUUUGUUGAAACUCCUUAAUUUCUUUACCUCUGUUACUUAGUAGAUUAAUAGUAUACAAUUGAAUAAAAAUUUUAAUAUUUACGAUAUAUGAAUAUAAAUAUAUAUAAAUAUAAAUAUGUAUAAACACAAAUCGAUGUAAUUGAAAGGAACUCGUUUUAGCUUAGGCAAAUAAUUCUCUAGGAAGAACGUUGUUCAAGUUUCACUUCAGAGGCGUUCCCUACGUGUCGCCGAUACUGAAUGUAAAAUAACGAUUAUACAUACGCCCAUACAUACAUAUUAUACAUACGCACACCCAAUACACAGAUACAGAGUACAUUUAUUAAAUAAUAUUCGACUUCAAUGAUCAUUAAAAUAGCUAUAUGUACAUAAGAUGUGUACAUGUUUGUACAUAUAUGUCAGUGUCUGUAUGUACAAUUAAAAUGAACUCUAUGCAAAGUAAGUAGGCUAGGUUUUAGGUUGUUUUAGGAGGGAUCUAUAUACAUAUAUAUGAAGAAAAAUAUAUAUACUUGACUUCAUUUUCUACCUUACUAGAGGCUACGUGGCGAGGCUCUUGUAAAAACAAUGACUGGUCGCAUGUUUCCACACAAUAUGUAUGAAUUUUUAUUUCCCGUUCAAAAGUUGUUAUAAUGAUGUUCCUAUAUGUAAGGUGCCUUACGCAAUCAAAAAAGUUUACUUUUCUCUGAUAUACCUCGAUAACGCAAUGACUAAAAUUCCCCCGAUUAACAUUACUGUAUUUUUUUUAUCAAAUCAACAUAAAACUAAGAAUAAAUAAAAAUAACAACUAUAAAUGUUAUAAAGCAUAUAUAUAUAUCUUUUUUGUUUUUUGCGAAAAUUAUAUUCUGAUUUCAUAAUUUACGUCUUCCGAUUUUCGGGCACGCUUAGCUAUUUUAAUUUCAAAGUGUUUAUCGUUACUUGUGUUCACAUGUAUUUAUAUAUACAUAUAUAUAUCUAUAUAUAUAUAUAGGAACAUCCCUUUCACACAAUCAUUCAGUGUAUUUAGAACAAAAACAGCGUGCAUUUUAUUACGACAAAUAUAAUAAAUGUACUAAAUUUUAUAAAGAUUAAAAUAUAUUUAUAUAUCAAGUUUCAUUUAUAUUGAAACUCUAAAUUGUUAUUCAAGAGAAUUGCCAAUCGUAGAUGCUCUGAUUCUAUCUUGAGAACAUUGUUAUUGUUAACAUUCUUCUUCUUAUUAACUUUUACCAUUGAAUGAAUCGCGCGCGCACACACACAAUGUACACUUUAACUUUUGAAACUUUUCUCAAGUAAAUACAAGUGACUGAGGACACUUUUUAAAAAAUCUGCCAAGUCUUCAUAAAGAUGGCUUUAAAUCUUCCAUUUAUUUUAAAGUAAAAACUAUGAUUGUAAAUGAAAGUCUAAUUGUCGCAGAUGGGAAAUACUUUCUCUUAAGACAUUAGAUAUUCAAAACUCUGUAUUUUAGCGUUUAUUUUAUCUUUAUGUGCGUGUCUCAUUAAUCUUCUCCCCGAUUUACAAAAAUGUAAUGCAAACUAAACAUCAAAUAUUCCGGCCACAAUAUCUGCAUUAUCUAUUUAUUUACAGACAAGAUAUUAAUAUGAGGGGGUAUUAACGCGGGCACUAAUUUAAUAUUCACAUGAUGUUCAAGAUUUAGAAUUCAUUUGUAAUUCUUACUAAAUUUAUUGGCCUAUAAUAAUUAUAUACAAUUAGAAAACAAUUUUAUUAAAUAUUUUCAUGUCAAUUAAAACAUUUUUACAUGCAUGUUUUAUUCUUUUAACUUAUUCGUGAUAUUUAUAAGAUUAUAAAAUUAUAUUCGUAAAUGUUUAUGUGAUAAUUUUUAAGCCCAUGGAAAUACUCCUUUGUAACCAAACUAAAUGAUUCUGUAACGGCUGAGUAAUGGCCUCCAGUAUGAGAGAAUAAAAGUGUAGUAUUAGAGAUCUAUAUACUAUACUAUAAGAUUCUAGAGAAUUUUGAAUCUCUCUUAAAGUUAGUUCAUUUAAGGAAUAAAAUUGUAUGAAUUCCGACCAUAGGCUCGGUGCAUAGGUCGAAUACAACAAAAUUAGCAGACAUAUCAUUUAAGACAAUACACUUGUUACACAGAAACUAAGUUUCUACUAAUAUAAUUAUUAUUGUACGUAAUCUAACUCUUAAUCAGACUUAGAGCUUCAAGGAAAAGAUCUUAGAUAGUAAUAAAACGAAGAGAUAACAUGUAUUGGCUGACAAAAUCCAGAAGAUAUUUAAUAAUUUAAACAACAAUAGGUUUUUUUUACAGUCUUAUUAAAUUAUUUCUUUGUGUUUUGCUAAAAAUUUAAAGUAAAUUCAAAUCUACACGCCAUAAAUUUUAUAGAAUAAGAACUGGAAUUAAGAAUUUUUUUUUAAAUUUGAUAUUCUUUUAAUAUCAAGACAAACUAUAUUCUGGAUUUAGAACAGUAGCAAUACAAGACAUAGUACUGGAGGCUACUUACUCAGAAUGUGGGAAAGGCAUGAAACGAAGCAAUGAAACAGUAACGAAGAUAUGCAUGAAUUGUACAAACGAGUCCCUCCACGUCACAGAAAAAAAUGAUAUAUCUAUAUGAAGAAUAUAUAUAUAACAAAAUGAUAACUAUGUGAUGUAUUUAAAUGAUAUGUGGUAUAUGGUAUUACAUAUUUGUACAUAGGCGGACCCGUGCCAUCAACUAGUGAGUUGUACCGAUAUUGUACUGCCAUAAAUCGAAUAGCGAUGACAUCGAGUGAAUGGAUCUGAACUAAUCAUCGACAAAUCUACGAUAUCAUUUUCGUUUUUAUGCUCUCGUACGUGUAUGUGAUUAGACGUUUAACUUGAAGUUACCAACUAACACUUAACUUAAUGGCUGUGCAAAUGGAGCAUUUUGCACUCAUCGACAAUUAUUAAACAAAGAGUUUUGUUGUUUCAUAUUUUACAUUUUAUUGUAUGAGCAGUUAAUUCAUAUCAAAAAUUACCGUUCUGUUGUUAUUAUAUUACUCCUGUUUAAGUUGAUGUCAUAACACGUCUAGAUAUGUGCUGACGUCACAUGUUUAAUUAGUUAAAAAUAUUUAUUUACGUUUAUUUUCGAAAUCCCAUAACAAGCUGACAAAAGACAUUAAUCGUGAUUAAUAAUUUCGUGCUUGUUUCUAUUAUAGAUGACUACCCUUUACUGUAUUACUGUACUAAUGUAUUGAUGAUUAAAACGUUUACUGAUUCCCGCAUUCGCAGUUGUAAAUCAUAUUACAAAUUCACACACACAUUAAAUAAUUGGAAUUACUAUUGGAGGGAAGAAAAAGCACAUAAUAAUCGAGCAAUAUGUAUAAAAAGUUAGACAUCUUUUUUCGGCAACGAAUACUUAUAGACGUAUCAUCGUUUCCUAGCAUAUAGUUGCAGAAUUGUUAGUGAUGUUUUGAUAUGUUAAGUUAUUUUCAUUAUUAUCGAUAAUUUAUUCAUUAUUUGGGUAAUUACUACUGUAUAGUAACUAUUGUACUACUUAUUCUCUUGUUUAAGUAAAUUUUACGUAAUAUAUUUCCUACAGAAUGUUCAAUGCACGCCAUGGCUCGUACGUUGACAAAGCUCUUGAUAAUCGUUAAAUAAUUUAAUACUGGUGGAGUUUAAGUUGUGGAAUAUAUUGGUACAACUCGAUGAAGAAAGUGUAGCGUGGUUAUACACCUGAGGAAUGUGCUCAAAAUAUUGUAUUAAAGAGAAAAAAAGUCUACUAAAUGAUCAUCAACGUUUAUGCAAAAUUACUCUUAAUAAGUGAAAAAAAGUUAUUACGGAUUAUUAAUAUUGUAAUCUAUCGUCCUCUUACCUAUUACCUACUUUAAUGUCUAUCUCUAUACACCAGCAUGGUUCUUUAUACUCUUCUAUUUGAUGUUAUACUAUUCUCUAUUAACUUUUACUACAGAACGUAUUGUUAAUAGUGUUUUUAAUGUACUAGAACAUGGUCAGCUGUAGAGGAGCCACGCAAGUGUCACAUCGAGAUUUAUACGAGAACAGACAUUAACAGUUAAAAAGAUAAUGGGAUGCGUUUACAUCGUGAGGUAAUGCGAGUUCUGAUACAGUUAUAUAUAAUUAUGUAAACUCACGACUUUAUAUUUUCCGUAGCACAUAAAUGUUACUCUCUAGCAUCAACAUAAAUCCUCUAAAAUGUAUCUAAAACUCAUUUCUAUUAUUAUACUCAUUAUACAAGUAUAUAAUUUAAUUGUCAGAUUAUAGCUUAGUUCAUAUGCGAAUUAAAGUACGGGACGAGUAAGAUUCAACCAGAAUAAAAAAAAAAAAUGUGCACGUUCACGCAACACAUUUCCCUUGCUCGUAUAAAUUAUCGCAAUAAUUUUAAUAGAGAAUGGAAGAGAAGUGCUCGGUAGCAAUAUAUUCAAACGGCGCGUUUGUACUAUCGUUGUUUUCCCAUCUCUCUCUGCUCAACUAGAUAUUACCUAUAAAUAUUACCUAUACACUUAGAAUUCACGUUAUCUUAGAUACUUGAAACCUAAUCACUUAAUCAGAUUCUUGUCUUGCUCAAAGAGACGCGGGCUCGGAUGAAGCAACACACAAUUAUCUCUCGUAUCCGGACUGUGUAAUGAAAUCGCUCAAAAGUUGGUGCCAUAAGCAAUAUGGACAAUAUGUUAUUAAAUGUGUUAUAGUUACGCGUGGACUAACUACAGCUGGCCGGCUAAGUUCUGCUUUAAAAAAGCUCGAUAAUGAAACGCUUUGUGGUUAUCUUCCGCGAGUGAUUGCGAGAGUUCUCAAUAUCAUUCGCUUUUGGAUGUUUUUUCGUAAAAUCGCGUUUGUAAAAUAUUCCGAAAUUGUUCGCGCACAAUAAAAUUAUUCUUAAUGUUACCUUUAAUUUAUACCUAAUUUCUGCUAUUAAUUCUAUUGCAAUUUGCAAGAUUUCAUCUGGUCAGAGAAAGUGUUUAGAGAAAUUUUCUACCACAGGUGCUCUCGCAAUUGACUCUUGGCGGAAAACUGCGUUGCGUUGUUUACAUAAAUUAAGCACAGUUCAGUCAAUUUCAAAUGCGAUGUGGUAUCGAGUUGCCGACAAAAGCCUAAUUUAAUCUGGAGCCUAUCAAAGUGAUAUCACUUAACGAAGCGAGAGAAAGAGAGAGAGAGAGAGAGAGAAAGACAGAUUCGUUGACGAAGAGGAGAGGAAACCCCCAAAGGAGGCCUCCAGAACCCCCCUACGAAGAAGCAACUCCGCCACACAUUAAUCUUCGUCGAUGAAGAAACGGCACAAACGACACGGCGAAUUAUCUGCGAAUGCGAGGAAUUCGAGAAUUCUCUCUUGCGUAAGCCUGCGAACGAAGAGAAAUUUUAAUAAAAUCGCACGGAGAAUUUAUGUAAUGGUGUCUCUCCGCCAACAACUUUCAUUGUCACGAGUUCAACGAUUCUGUACAAUCGAUGACUUCUCCGGUCUACCGAUUCAUUAGUCUGAUAGAUUUACCGAUUUGUAAAUUCCUCUUACGUGAGCUCAAGCUUCGAUAAAUGUUAAUUUCUUCGACGAGCGGCAUAGCUUCAAUGUAUUUGAGACGUGAGAAAUCGCUUUCGAGAGCGAGCGAAUUUCCUGAAGGUACUACUCGAAUAUUUUGUAAGAUGAUUGCGCGACGUAGAAUUUUCGAUUCCUCUUUGUCCAGGUAGGAGCCGCGUUCGCGAGUAGUCUGGUGAGGCGUUGAAAGGAGGUGCGAGAUAUAAGCGAGAAACGGACUCGAGUUAUUGAGAUUAAGUCCGAUUGUAGGAGUUGUGUAACUACAAAUCGAACGGCUUAGCCAGGUCAACGAGCGUCUGCGCAUCAGUAUUACGUUGAAGCGAUAUACUUAUAUACAUUAAACUAGUGAUUACAUUGCGCAUACAUAUAUACAUACCAUUUUAUUUAAUAUAUACAUAUAUAUUGAAUAUAUGGAAAAGAGGCGAUAUUAACUAUAUUAUACACAUACAUGCAUAUUAACUCAGAUGGUAGCGUACGUGCAUGUAUGUAUCGUUGCGUACAUACAUAUACGUACGCUCAAUAUAUAUUUAUAUAUAUAUACAAAACUGAGUAUGUGUGAUGUACAGAGAGUCAGAGGGGCCGAGCGGCCUGUACUUGCUGCGUUAAAUGUCGAUGUUGUUCGUUAACAAAAAAAAGAGAAAAAAAUACGGAAACUCCACGGCUUCUUCUGAAUCGUGAGUGGCGGGACUUCGGUACACAGAUCAGCGGUAACUACGAAGUGAGAGAGAGAGAGAGAGAGAGAGAGAGAGAGAGAGAGAGAGAGAACAUAACCGAAUACACAGUCACAUUGUAAAAAAAAACAAAAGAAAAAGAAACGAGAGAAGGGAAACGGCGGUUUAAUAACUCUAGUUUUUCAGAGUACGCGCGAAUGGGAAAAAACGAAAUCGAGAAAUUAUCACGCGAAACGCAUCGCAAGCACCACUGACCGAUUUGCGCCACAAUCGUUGUCGAUGGACAACGUAAUCAAAGAGAAAACGAGAAACGAGAAUCAAAGGGAAUACUAAAAAUACGUUCCGCGCAGAUCGACGAUACAUGUUAACACAUAUAGACGUAUAUAAGCUUUCGGCCGAUCGGAUCGUCACGGAUCGGCCUGUCCAGCGAUCCGUGUUAAAAAAAAAAUAAGAAAAAACAGGACGCAAGAGGAAAUACCGAAAAUCCUGCCUCACGACAGCAUGAGCAUUAAGUGUACCAUUAAACUCUACUACUACGAUGGGAUAGGAAAGCGAAAAUGUUGCACGAGUUGGUCCGCAUGUUUGCUGUGCGCGUAUGUAUGUGUGCGAAAACGAGAGAGAGAGAGAGAGAGAGAGAGAGAGAGAGAGAGAGAGAGAGAAAGAGACAGGGCGAGAAAUUUUAAUACUGAGAUGUGUAAUUGAAUAAUCUAACCGUCGUUUAUAAAUGAAUAUAUAUUAAGACAAAUACUGAAUAUAUAUAAAUAUAUAUUAUAUAUAUUAUUACUGCAUUGCAUAGAUAGUAUAUAUAUUAUAUGUACGACGACACAUACAUAUAUAUGACUAUUUUCUUCUAUGAAUAUUGCGUAUGUGAGGUGAAUGCUAUUUUCAUUGUACGUCGGAAGACGCACCGCGGAUCCGUAACGAGACGCGUGAUACAACAUGAUCCACGUGAGAUCUUAGAUCGAAACUUUUCCAAGCUUCUUUCUCGUAAGAGCAAAUAAUUUGUCUAUGUAGUAUAAACGAAUGUUUAAGACUAUUUUAAUUAAUAUUUUAAUAGGGAAGUGUAAAAGGCAGUCCUUCGUAGAUUCUACUACGUAACGCUGUACUUCAUUCAACUAUAGCAUACGUCCUCAAAAGAUUUCAUUGCCACCUCAUACAUCUUCCAAAAGUUUGGAUCGAUUUGGCGAAUACGUUACACUGUCGCGAGAUUAUUGCUCUUCAAUAUCUUUAAUAUCUAUGUUGUCCCCCGCGGCGCGUCUUGCGCCAGCUAUCUCAACACCGAGCUAUACCAAAAAGCAAAUUAAUAACAAAAAAAGACAUGUAUGAUGUGUAAGCCAAGUGCCUUGUGUUCUGGUAACUAAUCGUUGACUUUUAACUACGAUAUUAGGGGAAGUGAAAACGAGAGCGAGAAGGAUGAAAAGGCGAGGGAUGAAGGACCUGUCAAUAUCAGCUUACAAGUGUAAGCGUGUUUUUUCGGUGGGAGAUGAGGGAGGGAUUCCUUUAUUUUUUAACCGAAAAUGGAAAAAAGGAAAUAACGACUGAUACUAGACAUCCCAUCCGUUCGAUUCCCGCGAAAUACUCUGCGUUGCAAAUUCAGCGAAUCUAUUGAAAUUAAACAAACUAUAUUUGCAAGUAUAUAUUUUACAAUGUUAUGUAAAAAAUAUAUUGGUCGCAUUAUAAUUUAUUUAGUUCAUGAAAUUCAAAUAUUUAACAUAAUAUAGUUGUUGCCACAUUAUUAUCUCGUUUUUUUCUUCGAAUCGCUAAUUAUUUAAAAAAUAAAUAUAAUUUAUAAUUCCAUAUUUAUGGAAAAGCAUCUAUGCUUCUAGUAGAUUUUUGUUAUCAACCAUCAUCAAGCAGCUGAUAUUGUGCCAAAAGAAACUGACGAUAGCCAACACGCGUACCUGUUCCGCAAAGUCCAACCUUCAAUAAAAUGUUCGAUUCUGCCAAUUAGUUUUUUCGCCCACUGCCUAUGCCCGUCAGAUACAAUUCUUUGAUCGUUAAUAAAAUUAUCUCGAUGAGUUUGCAAUGCAUCAAUUAAAAUUUAGUACUAACUAAAAUUAAAUUUCCACUUCCACAAAAAAUCCAGGCAAUAAUUCUAGAAGAAACCGAUGUCUAUCCCACCUUGUUUUCAUUACGAAAUUGUAAGAAAGAAUAUUUGAAUCCAUACAAUCUAGGAGGGGCACCUGCAAUCUCAUUUAGCUUUGAUAAUUUCCGUGAUGCUAAUAAUGCAACACUGAAUAAUAAUAAUAAUCAGCAGCAGAUAACAACACAUACGUUAUUAAUAAAAUAAUUGUGUAAGUGCAAAUAAAUAUUACAAAUUCUUACUAACAAUUUGAUGAAAAUUUAAUAAAACAAAUAUUGGAGAAAAUAUAUUAAUUCCUAUAUGGAGAAUAUAUUAUAAUAAUUUUGAAAUAUAAAAUAAUAUCUUAGAGCGAUAAGAAUGGCCUUAAGAUAAAUCAAUGUCGAAGACAUGAUCGCGCGGAUAUGUCCUUCCACUGAAAAUUUAAUCACGGAAAUAAUAUAAGCGAGGUGAGAAUAUUUGGCGGUGUGUUACCGGGAUAUAAUAUGCGUGCGAAUUCGACAGCGGGACAAGUAAGGACUACCCAUUAUCCUAACAACGGUUGUUAGUAGAGAUACUCCUGCCGUAGCGCAGCCAAGGCCCUCGUACGGGGUCACUUUCAUUCGAAGUGGGCACUGUUUGGUGUUGUGAUAAGGGGCAAAGUGGUAGAGCAACAACAAAAAAAAAAAAAAAAAGAAAAAGACAAGUCGCGAGUGUUACGUGCGAAUGGGAUGAGACAGCCGAGCGAGAUGAUCGAGUGCAUGUGCGUUUCUUUCCAGCGAUUCUACACUUAACGUAUAUCUCUCAACUGUAAAACGCUAGCUAUGUCUACAAGGAAUUGAUGUAAAUAGUAGGUUUCGGUAGAUAGCAAAAGUGUCGUGGCCGAGGGAGCUCUGCAUCCAUGACGCACGAGGAAACCGCCUCGCAAUCAUAUUUAUCGUUUGUUAACGAACUAAUUCGCAAGUAGUCGCGUAUAAUAGCUGCGUCUUUAAGUUCCUCUAGUGACGUGCGAUUAUCAUUGCAGACGCCGGUAGUUGCGAAAUGUUUGCAAAAGAAACGAUACAAGUUCCAAAUUGCAAAAAAAAAAAUUACGAGACAAAAAAGAAUUUCUCCCAGUCUGAGAUAGAUCUCUGAAGUAUUUUUACAAGAAAUCGGGUUCCUGUCGGGAAUAACGAGAUAACGAGAUAAUAAUCAAUGCGUAUGUAGAAACUUGUGCCAAAAGCUCGGUGCUAAUAUAGUCUCCUAUAGAUAAAUUGCAAAUUAAUAAUUGAUCGGCGAGCACUGGUGAGAUUCCCGAUUAACGCCCUAUGGCAUUUCGCCUCAUGGAUGCAUUGACGUGGAUGGAAAAGACCCUAAGCAGACAAUCCUCCGUUAGUUAGUCCUUUAAAUGCGAGUUGUGCCACUGAUCGCGGGUGUGAAUGCUUACGGAAAGUAUUAAUUUAUAAGAUGCAGGUAUAGAGAAGGCCCUGAACGUGUUAGAUUCCGUCAUAAUGAUGUUUUUUCGUCUAGAUAGAGUAUAAUGUGAACCUUUGUCGCACGGGCGACAGUGGAUACGAGCGUAGAUGCAUAUCGUGCAUUGUGCAAUGCGACAAUCGUGCGUCGACCCGCGAAAUGAAAAUUAAUACAAUCUUAUAAUCUCUCAGCAAUAGUUCGAAGCGUAAUCACACGCUUUAAAUUUCUAUACAAUACGGCUACUCCUCCUAUUCAUGAGCAUUGCGAGAUAUGUGAAAUUAUAUUGUUUCAUGUAUAUGGAUUUGUCUUAAUAGAUCGGCGCUGGUAUCCACGUCAGCUCGUUUGUGUUGCUCUUGUAUUGUUAACGAUUACCUUCUUCCUAAAUGAUCUCUUGUGCAAUCGGUGCUGUAACAAAGAUUCAGUUGUACGAGCGUUGAUUGAUAUUCACGAAGAUGCGCUUUAUAUGUAUAACCUGAGCGAUUAUAUCGAGAAACACACUGCUAUGAGGCAUUUUCGACGUUGUUCGACGAGGCGAGAUGGCCAAUCUAUCGCAAAGGCCCUAACACAAAGCGGCGCCAGUACUUCCGAAUAAACUUGUCGCUAAUUAAUUGCGAGCGCGAGUACAGCGAGUCUAAUUUUAUUGUAUGUUAAAUGUAACAUCCCGUAAUUAUUGUUAUCGUUAUUAUUGCGAUGGCUUCCAGACAUACGGCGACGUGUCUCAACGUACCGACCACUGUGACCAAAGCUGUGACGAUGAUUUUCACGGUAUCAAUGCCUGAAUUUGCGUACUUGUAUCCACUCCCCCCUUGUAUCUCUCGCGAAGAUCCGGCGACAAAUAACGAUGCGCUUAAGUAAACCAAAGCUAAAGUUACGAUCAAGGGAUACGCUUUCUCACGAGAACUCUCUCAAUGUCGAUAUGCUCAUUACUUUCUUACUACUACCGAACUAUCGGACUUUUGUCAACAAUCAAACUGCACUUUAAUCACGCAUCACGAACGAGUCGACAUCGCUUCAUGCUCUUGCAUUUUUAAAUAUUACGGCCGGAUUGAUAAAUCGUGAAGAUCUACCUCCCUCGAUCGUAUACCGAUAAGAUCGUUCUCGCACGAGCGUACUCGACGAAAGCGAGGAAGACGCUCAACAAUAAUCACUGUGCCAAAUUCAUCAGGUAAUCAAAUCACUCAAUCAAAAAUCUCGAGAGGCAGCGAGAACCGGGUUAAAAAUCGCAUAUGCAGCAAAAAAAAUAUUAAAAAUGGCGAAAAUCAAAAUGCUACUCACAAAUCGAGCGAUCCGAGUGACAAGAAAGAGUUAAUCUUGGUCUCCGCGAUAUGAAAAAUUAAAAAAAAAAAAAAACAAUUAUCGCGGCGACUGUUCACCCCCGAAUUUUUAAAUCGCAGAAUUUUUUACGCUUCUGCGUAGUAAUCGCGCAAUGAAGUAUUUCAAACUCGAAUUGGAUGUGCGAUGGGAGGAAGGAAGAUGACUCGUUCGUACUUACUCGUUUCGCUUGCUCGACAUCGUUCGUUUACCCGGCUCGUCGAGAGCCCAUCGCGGAUUUUCUCGCUCCUCAGCCACAGACCCUUUUUAAGAUUUAAAUACUUUUUAAGCGAGAAGAGAGGAGAGAGAGGCGCCUCGUGGCCCGCAGCGGCGAACGUGUAGUAUGCAAUAAUAACAUGUAUAAAGAGCAUGGAUUUUAUAUGUGUCGUACUCGUACAUGGGAAAAAAAAGCACCCUCACCUUCCCGAUCCUUCUCACUUCUGAUAUUGAUCGAUUGAACGACUGUGUUGCGAGCUAAUAUCGUGCUUGCGACGUACAACUAUCCUCGAGAGUUGCUCUUAUCAUUCAUGGAAAUUUAUACUCGACAAUCAAAAGGAUGACGUUUGAUCUCUUGACGACACGUUCAGAACAAUCCUAUUAAAAAUGCAAUGCUGCAAUAACGCGUCGUUUUCACUCUAAUCUGUGUGACGAAUGUAUCUUCAUAAAAUGUUGCUUAUUAACGACAUAAUAUGAUACGACAUAAUGUUACUGUCUCUGUUACAAAAUUCAAUUAAAUUGCAUUCGGCGAUAGACUCUCGAGGUAGUUUCACGAGGAGGAAGCGCGUCGAACUUUUUCCAUCCGCGCGCUUCCGCGUAUCCAAGUGCUGUUACGAUAAUCAACGGGUGUUGUACGCAUUGAAAUGCAAGAAUCACGGAGGCUGAAGCUCCGAAUAAAGGAACGGAUCCAUCUAGAGAAUUAACGUCCCGCUCGCGUGUGUCCGCGACGGCGAUGUCUCGCGAGGAUUCUUCGUGUAUCUUUAAGCAGUAUUAAGAAUCAUCAGCAAUGGUGAAAAGUCAUGGUCCGCGGGUUCCCAUGCUUAAUUUAGCGCAUUUAAUACCAAACGUAGCUGCCCGGCUACAAGUUCUAUUUCUGUACAGACUACGUGACGAGAAAUGGAUACGUGCCAUUAAUCAUGACUGAAGAGCAAGGCGAUCGCGAAACUCGACGUGAUUGAGUUAUUUUGAAAAUCAAUCAGCAUUGCGUUAAAACGUCAAUAACGUCGAAGGGACUGCGAGCUGAUUUUACCGAAAGAACGAUUAAUUUUAAUCUGUGUUAAUCUCUGUUUAAUGUGCUCUGUGUCGCUUUUCAGAAAUAAAAAGAGGUGUUAUCAAUCUAUGAUUAAAACUAACUAUACUUACUUGGCGGUAAAGACAGCCAUAAAGUACCCCUUGCGCUCGAGAUCUGCGGACGAGACCCGAAUCCAUAAAGAGAUUCAAUUUAAUUGCAUCCGCUCGAUGGGCUGGACGGGACUUUACUUAAAGACCUACGCCAAUUCCCCCUUGACUCUCUGGUCAUUCUUCCGCACUAGAUAUACAUAAUAUAAAUGUGUAUAUAUUUAUUAUUGUCAAAGGUGUCCGCGCAUAUUUUUAUGUAUGUUAAGAAUGAAGUCUGGCAAUCUGUACAGGUCAAUCGGUGUAUCGCUAUCGAUGUCCUUUUGUAUAUAAAACCGUAAAAGAGUACGACCUUGUCUUUGUCUGUCAACUAUAAGCGCGUACGUCCAGCCCUACAGCAGAAAGAGAGAAGAGCUUUCUAAAUAUUGCUUAAUUCUCGUAUCAUUUGCUUUCCUCCUCACGCGUCUCUUUUCACGCACGUCGUCCUUCGAAGUGAGAAAAGUGAUACAGAUGGAGAACACCGAAAAGGGGUUUAAAAUCGCUAAAAUCAUUGAAAUCGUUAUACGAGAGCGGGAGAAAGAGUAACGAAACGGACAUGAAGGAAACGGAGGGGAGCGAAAUACGGAACGUCUGACAUAUCAAAAUAAUUCUUCUUAACAACCACAUAGCAAUACCUCUCCGCUCAAUAAUAGAAACAUUUAAAAAAAGAGAGAAAGAGAGAGAGAGAGAGAAAAUGUUAUACUCUUCCGAAGCAUUUUAAUCGACAGCGAGAAGAGGCUUUUAGAAAUUUCAUAUCUCCAGUUAAAAGCUAUAGACGAAUUUAGAUACGCUUAGCCCGAUGCUUACGGUUGGAAGAAAAGUCGUUUGUCGAUCGAAUCCUUCGGAGAUAUUUAAACAUUCGCUUUAUCGCGAUAUAGUUAUGCAAAAAUUACUAACAAUUUUGCAACUUCGAUCGAGAACCAAAUGUCCGAGAAGUUUGGUUUUUCACUUGACAAUGAUGGAGAUAUAGCCAUCUUUUGAGAAUGUAAUCAUAUAUACAAG